UAAACAAAUAAAUACAAAAUCAGUUUAGAUCAAAACAUACAGUGUAGAACAAACAGCUCAAGAAUACAUAUCCAAAGAAUACAGUCGUAAAUAAGACAUUUAAACGUUAAAAAGGAUUUAGUAAUUAAAUAAAAAAUAUUACAAAAUGCGUUGUUUAGUUUUUAUCGCUUUAAGCUUGGUGGCUUUAACAUCAGCUGCUCCUCAAUUCGGUUAUGGAUACGAAGCACAACAAACAGCUCCUCUCGGUGCCGGUCAUCAUGGUGGUGAUAAAUAUUUGCCUCCAGCCUCCACAACUCCAGCCCCUGUAGUACGCAAACAAUUUUAUUUGGUUUCGGCCCCUGAAGAUGAUGACAGCCAACCUAAACACAAGCAUUUAGUUUUAGGAAAACCGCAAAAGAACUACCGUGUGGUCUUCAUUAAGGCUCCUAACUCUGGCGCUGGUAAUGUCAAAUAUUCUGCCGAAUAUGCUCCUCAAGAAGAAAAGACUGUUAUCUAUGUAUUGAGCAAAAAAGACAACGAUUUGGAUGCUAGCGACAUUGCUACUCCAGCUCCUACUCAACCCAGCAAACCUGAGGUAUUCUUCAUCAAAUACAAAACUCCCGAAGAAGCUGAAGCUGCUCAAAAGGAAAUCCAAAAUGAAUACGCCAAAUUGGAAGGUACCAAUGAAUUUUCUGAUGAAGGCACUGCUCCUCUUACCUCUGUUGUUGGUGCUUUGGAUGGUCUUACUCCUGAAGGUUCUUACAACUAUCAACAAAUCGCCCCUGCACCAAAUUCUCAAGAAAAGUCUGCCAUCAGCCAAUAUUUGCCCCCUAUUAGCAAAUAGGAUGUUUAGUUAAGUAAUAUUGUAAUAUUGUAACUUUUUAAUUACACUUGUUGAUUAUUAUUUAAGAAUUGAAUUUCGUAAUUGUAGAAUUUUAGUAUUUGUUGUUGUUUAUUUUUAAAUAAAAAUUUGUUUUAAACGAAA